GAUCUGAACUCUUAGAAUCUUGAGAUGAUGUUGGUUAUGGUACAAAAUAUUUCAUUCACAACAUUUACACUUACUGGUUUUCAUGAUUUGGGAGAAUGGGGGACCAUUCUAUCCAUUCCCUAUGUUAUUAUGUUUUUAAUGUCUACUACUUUAAACCUUAUACUCAUAUAUUUAAUUAUAUCACAGAGGGCUCUUCAUUCUCCUAUGUGCAUUCUAAUUGGUCUUAUGGCAGUAGUGGACCUCUCUUUGCCUGUAUUUUGUAUACCAAAUAUGCUGCUAAGCUUCUUAUUUAACUGGAAAGGAAUUUCACUAGAGGGCUGUUUGGUGCAAAUGUUUUGCAUUCAUUUUCUUGGUACAUUUCAUUCUACUAUACUGCUAUGGAUGGCUCUGGAUCGUUUUUUUGCUAUAUGUAGGCCUCUUUAUUACCACAAAUACAUGGGAAUGGCAAAUUUUCUGAAAUUCAUUAUUUUUCCAGUUAUCAGAAAUGUGUUCUUAAUUACCACAAUGGUUUCUUGGGCUGGGAAAUUGACUUUCUGUACAACAAAUGAGAUAGAUCACUGUUUUUGUGAACACAUGGCAUUAGUUCAGCUCGCAUGUGGGGAUAUUUCCAUUAAUAAUGCAUUAGGGCUUAUGGCUAUUUUUCUUACAAUAACUGCUGAUUUUAUUUUAAUUACAAUAUCAUAUAUAGUAAUACUUUCUUCUGUUCUAAGAUCUGAUAAAUCCUGUUUAAAGGCUUUUAACACCUGCAUUACUCAUAUUAUUGUCAUGACAGUUAGUCUGGUUUUUGCUUUGAUUGCCUUUAUGUCAUAUAGAAUAAGAAACAAGUUCUCUCCUUCCAGCCGUGUCUUCAUGAGCACAAUGUACUUGCUUUUUCCAAGCUGUUUUAAUCCAAUUAUUUAUGGAAUAAGAACCAAAGAAAUAAGAGAACAGUUUCUGAAAAUUUUGAACCAUGUUAAGGUCUUUCCCAAGUAG